AUGACCAAAAGGCAAGCACAAACGCAAAGGAAAUCAGUGUAUCUGCAAUGUAGAAAAGUUUUUACUGGAACGAAUGCUCGUGUUCGGAAGGUCAAGAAGGUCCGAAAAUUACUAGAGAAGAACCAGCAUUUGUUUGCGACUCUCGCAGAUCAGUAUAACUUCGAGACAAUCUGUGACGUCGCAAAAGAGCUUCUAGAUGCCGGUAUAUUCGACUCAACUUCGAAAGCCGAGACGCAGUUUCCCGAGCUGUUUCGCUCCUCCGAUAGUGGUUGGGAGGGAAGCGAGUCCUCCGAUAGUGGUUGGGAGGGAAGCGAGUCCUCCGAUUUUGAUGCGACCAGGUCUGAGUUGGAUGCUAUGGAAGAAACCAUAUCUUCAGAGGAAGAGAGUAUCAGAACGUCGCACGUUCCGGAUCUGAAGGCUUCGUCAUGCGGAAUUCUAUCCAAGCAUUGCAAAAACCUUCCGUCACGGGCUACGUCGGAGAUACCAGGCGUAUCCCUUCGUGAUGUCCUCUUCAAGACACGACAGAUACGGCACACGGCAGUUCAUAGACGACUGACGAGCGUUUGGGAGAUUGAGGAGAUGAUUCGAAAUGCGGCAUCACUUACGACGAUUCUGAAGGAUGCUGUCCGAACUAGAAGGAUUGAACUGAUACGGCACGAAGUAAGAUUGACAACAGAAGAGCUAAAUAGAGUGCAGAACGGGUUGGAGAUGAGAACUUCGGAAGAGCUCGCAACGGUUGCUCACCAGAGAAUUUUGUUAGAUGAACGCGAGGAGAAAGCUAUCGAAUUCAUGCUCAGCGAGGGCAACCAGAAUCGAUUAGGCCUUGGAUCAAAACUAGAUGAGCUCCUGAUGUCAUACCAGAGAAGCACAGCUUUGGACUUCCAUUAUCCUGAAGAAAUGAGCUAUGUGAAGGACGUUAUUCUCAAAGUAGAAGACUUCGAAGCAUAUAAAUAG